AUGCCUGUAGCUCUCGACUACUCUAAUGGUUCAAGAGUCGAAACACCCUCCGGGGCUUCUUGUGGUCCUCUGAAGAUCGUCAUCAUCGGCGGUGGUAUCGGAGGUCUCACUGCGGCCUUAGCAUUACGUCAGAACGGGCAUGAUGUUGUGGUUCUUGAGCAGUGGGAUGGGAGUAACGAGACAGGUGCUGCAAUCCAUCUCGCGCCCAAUUCCAACGGUGUCCUGCGGCGAUUGGGGCUCUACGCAGAGACUAUAGGAGCAAAUCCCAUGCUGCGCCACACUGAAUACGCCACCGACGGUUCUCAAAUUCGAUCUCUCGACCUCACCGAGUCAAACAAACAAUGGCAGCAUCAAUGGCUGCUCGCUCACCGCAUUCAUCUCCAUGCUGAACUGCAAAGACUUGUGAAGAGCCGUGAUGGACCUGGCAGACCAGUCGAUCUUCGUUACUCAUGCACUGUGAAGGACUUGAAUUGCGAUACUGCUACCGCCAUCCUGAAUAAUGGCGAGAGUGUUGGAGGAGACGUCAUCAUCGGUGCCGAUGGUGUCUUCUCUGCAGCUCGCACCAAGGUCAAGGGAGGCCAUCUCCGACCUUUCUCAUCCGGCAAAAGUGCUUUCCGUUUCCUCGUCAAAAAGCAGGAUGCUUUGGACGACCCACUUACACGCAAAUUUGCCGAGAGAGACGGCGAGCUUGUCAUGUUUCUUGGACCAGACAGUAAAAUUGUGGCAUACCCUUGCAAGAACAAUGAACUGCUGAACUUUGUCUGCAUACAUCCUUCGGAAAAGACGUCUGCACCUGCCGACGACUGGAACACAGGUGGAAGCAAGAAGGCGCUGCUUGAUGUUUACGCCGAUUUUGACGAAUCAGCUCGAGCUUUGCUGAGCAAGUCGGACCCUGCUUCACUCAAGGUCUGGCAACUACUGGACAUGGAAACCUUACCAACUUGGGUAAACAACAAGUUGGCCCUUCUUGGUGAUGCUGCUCAUCCCUUCCUCCCUCAUCAAGGACAGGGAGGUGGUCAAGCUGUCGAGGAUGCUGCAGCAUUAGCAGUUGUUCUACCUCUAGGUACUCGAGCAGACGAAGUCGCCGAGCGCCUCAAGUUGUACGAAACCUGUCGUUACGAGCGAGCCCACCGUAUCCAAGAGUAUACUCGUCAGGCCGGAAGGUGUCUUGGAGAGGAUGGCAAGAUCGACAUGAUGGAGUAUGUGAACUACAAUUUCGGCCACGAUGAGUUCGACAGCGCCACCGGUAUCUUCAAUAAAUGGUGUUGGGCCAAGAAUCCGGACAUCUAUUGGCGCAUGCCUGUCAGCUUUGGACCUUCGCCUGGUCCUCGCCAAGCUCUCUACACAAACGAACCACAGCCCGCUCGCCACUCUACGUUUACCACUGCGUCUAUCAAAUUCAAGACAUCCCGGACAUUCUUGCAGAAUCUGUUCCCUACCGAGUCUUUCCAAUUCAAGAACCCUGGUACUGUAGCGUACGCUAGUUUCUCGCAAACAACACUUGGAAAGAUGGAGUGGCUAGGUGGAUCUGGCUAUCGUCACUUCGGUAUGUACAUCCACGGUGUUCGAUAUACAAAGCAGAACGGGGAGACAGUGGAUGGUACAUACAUGCCUCUUCUCUUUGAGUCUCUUACCGACCCCAUCGUCAGUGGCCGUGAUGAGCUCGGCAUGCCCAAAGUCUUCUGCGAUGUGGACAUCCGUCGCCGUGAGGACUCCUACCGUGUAAGGACCAGCUGGCAAGGAUCCAUGUUCGGCAAGUUCAACCUCGAUGAACUGGAGGAAGCUGAUCCUGCCGCCGAGGCAGGCACUAUCGGCGGCGAAGCAGACUACGGCAUUCUGACCUACAAGUACAGUCCGGCGGUUGGCGAGCGUGGCAAAGCAGAUGCCGCGUACGCUGUCGUUGUUCCUCACGCUGAGGAGUCGAAGGUGGUACCGAGUAAGGUCACCGGCCUAUGGAAAUGCAAGAAACCCAACUUCGAGUUCGAUGCUUUGACUCAGCAGGACUUGCCUACGCUGCACCAUAUUGUUUCCAAGCUUGCUCAGGCUCCAGUCUACGAGUUCAUCUCCGGUAAAGUUGUUGAAGGCUAUGGAGUCCCUGACGUUUCUGCUGCUCGUCGUAUUGAGUGA